AUGGGUGUCCUUGGCCGAUUUUUGAAUAUUGUAUAUUUAGUAUUAUUGAUCAAAUGUGCUUAUGCAGAAGAUGAGAAAUCUCCGUGGAAUUGGUCAUGCGAAGACGGGAAAUGUGUAAAGUCUCGGCUAGAUCCUAAGAGCCGGACACCCGCGCUCAGCUUGAAUGCCUGCAAGAUGUUUUGCAAUGAAUAUGGACUCCUAUGGCCGUUGCCCACCGGUGAGGUUGACCUCGGGAACUUCCUCUCGAAGAUAGAUAUUAACAAAAUAGACAUACAAAUACCUAAUCGAGGUAAAAGCGAUGCCUUGAUGGAUGCGGCUGGACAGAGGUUCAGACAAAUCGUUUCCUUGCUGGUGCCUAAUGAGCUGUCGGCGAAAGCGAGUGGAAAGGCGCUCACCGUGUCUUUAGUCAACGAGAAACCAGAUGUUCGAGAGUUUUCGAUGGGUAUGGAUGAGAGCUACACGUUGCGUGUCGCCCCGAUGUCCAACGAUCGCAUCAACGCCACCAUUACGGGUAACACGUUCUUCGGGGUUCGACAUGGCCUUGAGACACUGACGCAGAUCAUAGUCUACGAUGAUAUCCGGGAUCACUUAUUGAUUGCCAGAGAUGUGAACAUCAGUGACAAGCCAGUAUACACAUACCGAGGCAUUCUCCUCGACACAGCCAGGAACUACUUUACUGUGGACUCCAUUAAAGCUACUAUUGAUGCAAUGGCCGCAGUGAAGCUAAACACGUUCCACUGGCAUAUCACGGACAGUCAGAGCUUCCCGUUCGUCUCAGAGAGGAGACCUAACCUGAGUAAACUCGGGGCUUACAGUCCCAGCAAGGUAUACACUAAGAAAAUCAUCAAGGAGAUAGUGGAGUAUGGUCUAGUGAGGGGUGUACGAGUGCUUCCGGAGUUCGAUGCCCCGGCACACGUCGGCGAAGGCUGGCAAGACACCGACCUCACUGUUUGCUUUAAGGCAGAACCCUGGAGUUCUCUUUGCGUGGAACCUCCUUGCGGCCAACUUAACCCGACCAGGGAAGAGCUGUAUGAUUAUUUGCAAGACAUUUACACCGACAUGGCAGAGUCGUUUAACCCGGACAUAUUCCACAUGGGCGGUGACGAGGUGAGCGAGAGAUGUUGGAACAGUUCCGAGGAGAUCCGUCAGUUCAUGGUCCAGAACAGGUGGGACCUAGACAAAGCCAGUUACCUCAAGCUCUGGAACUACUUCCAGACUAAGGCUCAAAACAGGGCUUAUAAGGCAUUCGGGAAGAGACUGCCCCUCAUAGUUUGGACAAGCACCAUGACCGACUACACUCACGUCGAUAACUUCUUGGAUAAAGACGACUACAUUAUCCAGGUUUGGACCACAGGAUCAGACCCUCAGAUCAGAAACCUACUGAAACAAGGUUACCGUCUGAUCAUCUCCAACUACGACGCGCUAUACUUGGACUGUGGAUUUGGAGCUUGGGUUGGCAGCGGCAACAACUGGUGCUCUCCGUACAUCGGUUGGCAGAAGGUGUAUGACAACAGUCCCAAGGUGAUGGCGAGAGAAUACAGCGAUCUUAUACUUGGUGGGGAAGCGGCUUUAUGGUCUGAACAAGUGGAUACUGCUGCCCUGGACUCUCGUUUGUGGCCGAGAGCAGCUGCAUUAGCCGAGCGGCUUUGGAGCGAGCCGCAAGGCAACUGGCGUGACGCUGAGUACAGGAUGUUACAUAUCAGGGAACAUUUAGUCCGCAUGGGGAUCAAAGCGGAAUCACUUGAGCCCGAGUGGUGUUAUCAGAACGAGGGUUACUGCUAUAAUUAA